AUGUGUCAGAUUCAGGAGAAACAUCACAGAAAGUACAAUUAAUAACUUUAUCACAUUUAAACGUUUUAAGUAAACUUUUACAGAGUAAAUGUAUGAAUUAGUUUAAAUGACACUUUUUAAACUUUACUGGUAAGAAGGAAAACAUUUGGUCAAAGUUAAACAGGAAACAUCAGAGGAAACCUCCCUCUGAAAAAGGGACUUAACUUAACAGGCAGAUUAUUGUACUUUGUAUUAUUUUGUGUGUUCUUUGUUGUUUAAUAAAAAUAAUAACAGGCACAUUUUGAACUUAAGAGUUUUCUCCAGGAGGAAUAACGAUUUUAAACUUUGACAAAAACUCAUCAUAGUUCAGUAAAAACAUCAUUGUUAAAUAAUUGAUCUACUAGAAUAAUGUUAUGAUUAAAAAUAAUUGAGAUUUCUGCUUAAAUUACUUACGACUUCACAGCUGUUUAAAUCGUCGUCGACUGAUGACGUCACGGCUUCCAGAAGGGGCGUCCCAUUUGGUAGCGRGAUGUUUUUAACCCUCCUAACUUCAAAUCAAAAUCAAGAUGAGAUCAAACCUGUGAGGUUGUGUUAGAUAAAUAAAUUUAAAGUGUUCAUUUCAUGUUUUAGAGAAUAAAUGUUUAGAGUGGAUCAAACACUUGGCCCUCCCCCUACAGCCUGAACAAUGGGACACCCCUCCUCCUCAUCUCCUCACGAGCCAAACGGAACAAAAUGGCUUCUCAUGUAAACAAGGACUUCCAUAAAUGAGCUGGGGACCCCCAGACCCGGGGGGCGGGGGGUGGCGGUGGCCACCUGGCAGUUCUUUGAGGACAUGCAGGAGGCUCUGGGGGGGGUCCCGGCCCUGGAGCCCCCCGUCAUCGUGGCCUCCUUUGAUCCAGAAGCGGACUACACCUGCUUCCAGCUGAAAACGGAGGAUUUUGAGCCCCCAGAAGCCGGGAACAGCUCAGGGACCGCAUCCCCCUCCGCCCCCCCAGAGUCCCCGACCCGAUCCCCCAAAACCAAGAGGGUGAGGAGGAGCGAGCCGAUCCUGGACUUCCUGAAGGAGGAGAGUCUCAAAGAGCAGAGGAGACACGAGGAGAGCGAGGCUAAAGUGGACCGCUUCCUGGACCUGUUCCAGAGGCUGAUCGACAAGAUCUGAUCCUGGUCCCUGAAACCUGGUCCCUGAAACCUGGUCCUGAUCUGAUCCAGUUUAAACCCGUUCUUUCCUUCAUGAAACUAACGUUGAACAAAAUGAACUGAAGCUUCUGAAAGAAAAUAAAACUUUAUUGAUAAAAACCAAA